AUUUCAAUUCAAAAGGUUGUAAGGGAACUGGGUCUGUUUAUUUUCAGUCUCGCACAAUAAUCUCUCAUUAUAUAUCCUUGUUUAUAAUGUAGACAUUUUACUAGAGAUUAAAACGACACACUUUUAAACCCGUUCCAGCGUGACAAUGCCCCUGUGCACAAAGUGGGCUCCAGGAAGACGUAGUUAGGGUUGGUGUUGAAGAACUCAUUCAUAGGGGUGCCAAUAGUUGUUGCACACCUAUAUUUAAAAAACAAUUGCAAACACAACACCAUAAAAAAAAAUUUAACAAUAGAUGAAACGGAUCAACAAUGAAGACAAUUUUUCACAGCCUCCUUUGCUCAUAUUUACCAAGGGUGCCAAUAUUAGUGGAGGGCACUGUAGGUGCGCAACAAUUAUUGGCACCCCUAUGAAUUCAUAUGAGAGUAUGUUCCUAUUGAUAUUUUACAUUUUUUAGUACACCUGGGUGACUAGGAACAGGAAACCGUUCAAGCAUGAUGUCCUGUUUCACAGGGGUAUAAAUACAGUGAGGGAAAAAAGUAUUUGAUCCCCUACUGAUUUUGUACGUUUGCUCACUGACAAAGAAAUGAUCAUUCUAUAAUUUUAAUGGUAGAUUUAUUUGAACAGUGAGAGACAGAAUACCCAUCCACGACCCAUUUUCAAUGCCCUGGCUGAGGGAAGGAGGUUCUCACCCAAGAUUUGACGGUACAUGACCCCGUCCAUCGUCCCUUUGAUGCGGUGAAGUUGUCCUGUCCCCUUAGCAGAAAAACACCCCCAAAGCAUAAUGUUUCCACCUCCAUGUUUGCCGGUGAGGAUGGUGUUCUUGGGGUCAUAGGCAGCAUUCCUCCUCCUCCAAACACGGCGAGUUGAGUUGAUGCCACAGAGCUCCAUUUUGGUCUCAUCUGACCACAACACUUUCACCCAGUUGUCCUCUGAAUCAUUCAGAUGUUCACUGGCAAACUUCAGACGGGCAUGUAUAUGUGCUUUCUUGAGCAGCGGACCUUGCGGGCGCUGCAGGAUUUCAGUCCUUCACGGCGUAAUGUGUUACCAAUUGUUUUCUUGGUGACUAUAUGAAGCGAUUAUUGACCCAGGCGAACAGUAACUGGUAAGUGUUUCUUUCUGGAUUUUUUAGUUGAAACUAGUUUUAGCACCGAUUGUCAGAUAGAAGCUGUAACUGUGCUCCCUUGUUGCUACGAGCUAUAGACUUGUUGCUAGAUUAAAGCAAAUUCCGGUAUUCAGUUUCGGUUUCGGUCGGGAGUCGCUCAUUCACACGACUACUCUUUUUGUUUUGCUAAUUAAAGAGGCAUGCUCAGAAACACAUCAGUAUUUAUUAAUUAAGAAACGCUGAGGCGGAAGCGUCAGCCCUUGUCGUGUGAAGACCAAGCUCGUGUAAAGACCUGCGAAUCUACCUGUGCGAGUCCACCGAGCAAGGACACCGACAAGACACCACACAUGCUGCUAAGUAUACUUUUUCUCCCUUUAUUCCUCUUACUUUUACCUGUUUCCACACACUAACAUGUGUCAUCCGUUCAUCCCUGUUAUUUGCCACAGGCGCAGACCGUGGCAUUCUCCCAGAAACGUACGCAACUUGGACAACCUACGCUCUCUGAAUGCGGCCUCUGCAGGUUCCAUCUCAUUCUCAGUCAGACAUUGGAACUGCCAAUCUGCUGUCAACAAGGCAGAUUUCAUUUCUGCAUUUGCAAUCCACUCCAAUCUCAGCGUGCUGGCUCUGACUGAGACCUGGAUCCAUGCUGAGAACACUGCCACACCCGCUGCCCUGGCCUCCAAAUUCAACUUCUCCCAUACCUCACGCCCCAACAGACGAGGGGGUGGUACAGGUCAACUGGGGAAGUUCAUAGAUGAAUUUGACACGCUACUGUCCACCAUCCCAGAUGAUGGAACUCCUCUUCUGGUCCUUGGUGAUUUCAACAUUCAUGUAGACAAGCCACAUGCAGCUGACUUUCUUGCUCUCCUUCCCACAUUCGACCUCAAUCAGUUCACCACACCAGCAACCCACAAAGCCGAACAACCUCCUGGACACCAAGGAGUCUGGCUUCAAGAGCAACCACUCCACGGAGACUGCUCUGCUUUCCGUCACUGAAGCCUUACGACUAGCAAGAGCAACCUCUAGAUCAUCUGUCCUCAUCCUACUUGACCUCUCUGCUGCUUUCGACACUGUGAACCAUCAGAUCCUUCUGUCAACUCUCUCCAGCCUGGGCAUCACUGGAAUGGUUCUGCGCUGGGUGGAAUCCCAUCUCUCUGACAGAUCCUUCAAGGUAUCAUUGAGCCUGACGAUCCAUCCGUCUCUGCACGCAUCUCUGCUUGCCUUUCGGACAUCUCGGUCUGGAUGAAGGAAAACCAUCUUAAGCUUAACCUAGCAAAAUCUGAGCUUCUCGUGAUCCCGGCCUGUCCCUCAAUCAACCACAACCUCACUGUACAGCUCGGCUCACUCACACUCAUGCCAACCAGUACGGCCAGGAACCUUGGGGUGAUUCUUGAUGACUGCUUGACCUUUACAGACCAUAUCUCAGCAACUGCAAGGUCCUGUAGGUUCAUCCUUUACAACAUCAAGAAAAUCCGACCCUACAUCACCAAACAGGCUACACAGAUACUAGUUCAGGCUCUUGUUAUCUCUAAACUGGACUACUGCAACUCACUGCUUUCAGGCCUCCCAGCCAGCUCCAUCAAACCCCUUGAGAUGAUUCAGAAUGCUGCAGCACGCCUCGUCUUCAACCAGUCCAAGAGAACCCAUGUCACACCCCUCUUCAUCUCCCUCCACUGGUUUCCUGUAGCUGCCCGCAUCAAGUUCAAGGCCUUGAUGCUCACCUACAAGACCUUUUCAGGAACAGCACCCUCCUACCUCAACUCUCUCCUGAAGGCCUACGUUCCCUCUCGCAAUCUGAGAUCGAUUAGCGACCAACGUUUAGCAGUUCCAACUCAGCGUGGUGCAAGGUCCCUUUCCAGAACCUUCACUCUAACUGUUCCUCAAUGGUGGAAUGCACUUCCAAUCUCAAUCCGGACCGCAGAAUCUCUCACCAUCUUCAAAAAACAGCUAAAGACCCACCUCUUCCAUGAACACCUAACCAACUCAUAAUAAUAAAAAAUUUUUUUUUUAAAAAUGCACUUACACCUCUACUCUGCACUUUGCUUCUUCAAGGAAUUCAAUUAAUAGAUCUUGUAUGGUAGCACUUCUUGUAUUGUUCUCUGCUUGAUGUAUCGCUUUGCUUGUAUCUUUCUCAUUUGUAAGUCGCUUUGGAUAAAAGCGUCUGCUAAGUGAAUAACUAAAUGUAAAUGACUAUGGUCCCAGCUGCCUUGAGAUCAUUGACAAGAUCCUCCCAUGUAGUUCUGGGCUGAUUCCUCACUGUUCUCAUGAUCAUUGCAACUCCACGAGGUGAGAUCUUGCAUGGAGCCCCAGGCCGAGGGAGAUUGACAGUUUUUUUGUGUUUCUUCCAUUUGCGAAUAAUCGCACCAACUGUUGUCACCUUCUCACCAAGAUGCUUGGCAAUGGUCCUUUAGCCCAUUCCAUACUUGUGUAGGUCUACAAUCUUGUCCCUGACAUCCUUGGAGAGCUCUUUGUUCUUGGCCAUGGUGGAGAGUUUGGAAUCUGAUUGAUUGAUUGCUUCUGUGGACAGGUGUCUUUUGUACAGGUAACAAACUGAGAUUAGGAGCACUCCCUUUAAGAGUGUGCUCCUAAUCUCAGCUCGUUACCUGUAUAAAAGACACCUGGGAGCCAGGUGUUGAGUCAAAUACUUAUUUCCCUCAUUAAAAUGCAAAUCAAUUUAUAACAUUUUUGACAUACGUUUUUCUGGAUUUUCUUGUUAUUCUGUCUCUCACUGUUCAAAUAAAUCUACCAUUAAAAUUAUAGACUGAUCAUUUCUUUGUCAGUGGGCAAACGUACAAAAUCAGCAGGGGAUCAAAUACU